AUGACAGAAGCUUGGAAGUCGGUGCCGAAGAAGUUCUGUGAAGUGUGCAAAUGCUGGUUCUACGAUAACAAGGUCAGUGUGCAACAUCAUGAGCAGGGCAAUCGGCACAAAGCAAACGUGCAGAAGAAGUUACGUGAGCUUGGCAAAAAGGGUCGGGAACAAGCCAAAGAAGGCCGAGAACGACGGAUGAUUUUGGCCAAAAUGGAAACGGAAGCCACAAGAUCGUAUAAAAAAGAUCUGAAAAAGCAGCAGCAACAGCAGAAUUUGUCAUCCCGUGACAUGAACUUCAGCCUGGCCGGAGAGCUUGGUAUGCAAAAUAAUCUGUUAUCUUGUGUUAAUUUAAACCACUGCAAUGUGUGCGAUGUAGUGGUCUCUUUUAUAUAUGCAAGUCUUUAAGU